GUCCGGACGCCGUAUAAAGGAUCUCCUCAAAGCACGUGAUUCCUCUCCCCCGAACCGCUGCCGCCAUCAUGGACACGAGUCGUGUGCAACCUAUCAAACUAGCCAGGGUCACCAAAGUGCUGGGCAGGACCGGUUCUCAGGGCCAGUGCACGCAGGUGCGCGUGGAAUUCAUGGACGACACGAGUCGCUCCAUCAUCCGCAACGUGAAAGGCCCCGUGCGCGAGGGCGACGUGCUCACCCUACUAGAGUCAGAACGAGAGGCUCGGAGGCUGCGUUGAGUUGGCGUCUGGGUCCUGGAUGUCUAGGUGGAAGACAUGGCCCCUGGGGAUGCCAUUUGACUGUUAAUAAAAGCAUUUGUAUUGCGUGUAAAUUCAA